UUUUCAACUAAAACGAUUGCAUUCAAUUUCUAUUUAUUUAUCCAAUUUCUAUUUGAACUAAAUGAAAGUAAAAUGACACGCGUAAGUUUAAGUUUUUAUUUUCUUUUCGCGUUAAUAAUAACCGUGUAUAGUGCGGACGAAAAUACUCUAUGUACCAAAGAUUAUUGCAGCAAACAGGAUUGCAAAAAUGCAAAUAACAACGUUCCUGAAGAAUGUAGAAUCCAAAAUGCGACACACAGCGGAAUUUUCCUCCCAUAUCCGGGACCGUGUAAUUGUUGUGAUUAUUGUUUGAAAAAUUUGGCUGAAGGAGAUGAUUGCACGGUAGGCGAUGUUGGACUAUCUCCGAGUGGUUCAGUUUGUGGCAACGCAUUGACUUGUGAAGAAUUAGUAGAAAAAGAACCGGAAGGAACUUGUCAAUUAAUAUCAAAUACUGAAUGUACCAAAGCACAAUUCGCUUUCGAUGAAAAAGUUAAUAACGAUACAAUUGGCCAUAUGGAACUGCGUGAAAUAUGCGAUAGGAGAGGUUUAUAUGGACACUACAAAUGUAUUCCUGGUGAAAAUUGUUAUUGUCGUAGUAAUGAAAAUAAAAGAAUUUUCGGCGAUAUUCCGUAUUCUUCAAUAGCUAACCACGUUUUAAACUGCGCCUGCUCAACAACUUAUGAAGAGGUUUCAACAUUUCUUGGAAGAGAUUUAAAAAUUGGUGAAUUUUUACGUUGCCAAUCAAACGGAGAUUAUGAUACUGUGCAAUGUAUAGAUGAUGAAUGUUUUUGUGUUGAUGCCGUUGAUGGUGCGCUUACUUAUCCCUCUCAAGACACAGUAAAUAUCACUAUGAUUUCUAAUGAGACAUUACCAUGUUUUGAUUAUGAAAUUCAUAAAGAAAAUUAUUAUAACCCUUGCGAAAAAGAAUAUUUAGACACUUUAGAAGCUGCUAGUAUUUUUGAAGAAGAGGUCGAUUACGUUGUUUUUGGAAUAUCACUUCCAACUUGUCAAUUAGAUGGAUAUUACGCUCCAGUUCAAAAAACCAAAGACUCUUAUUAUUGUUCAGACCCUGAAGGUAAUCAAUUAGAAGGUUUUAAAGUAUCGCUAAAUGAAAAUGAUUAUACAGAUAUGGUUAAAAUAAUGAAUUGUGCUUGUGCUCGCGCAAGAAGCAUAACCACGGAACAAAAACCGGAAUGUUUAAAAAAUGGUAAUUAUUGCCCGAUGCAAUGUAGGAGAGGAUUUUGUAGAUGCGUCGAUGAAAACGGUAAUCAAAUUAAAAAAGAAAUUUCUCUAACAAGCUCAGAGUAUAAUGAUUAUGAGUUGGAAUGCGCAAAUAUGUCAGGAUUCUCGGAGGUUCCCGAGGAGUGCAUGAAAUAAAAUUCGUUUGUACUAUAUUUGUAUUAAAAUUAGCAUUAAAGUAUAAUAAUAAAAAAAAAAUUUUA